AUGAUCCACCUCAACUCCUCUCAACGUGGAGGAGCACUGACAGAGAACCUGACAGAGAACCUGACUGAGAACCUGACAGAGAACCUGAUCGAGAACCUGACCGAGAACCUGACCGAGAACCUGACCAAGAACCUGACAGAGAACCUGACAGAGAACCUGAUCGAGAACCUGACAGAGAACCUGACCGAGAACCUGACCGAGAACCUGACCGAGAACCUGACAGAGAACCUGACAGAGAACCUGACAGAGAACCUGAUCGAGAACCUGAUCGAGAACCUGACCGAGAACCUGACCGAGAACCUGACAGAGAACCUGACAGAGAACCUGACAGAGAACCUGACAGAGAACCUGACAGAGAACCUGACAGAGAACCUGACCGAGAACCUGACCGAGAACCUGACAGAGAACCUGACAGAGAACCUGACCGAGAACCUGACCGAGAACCUGACAGAGAACCUGACAGAGAACCUGACAGAGAACCUGAUCGAGAACCUGACCGAGAACCUGACCGAGAACCUGACCGAGAACCUGACAGAGAACCUGACAGAGAACCUGACAGAGAACCUGACAGAGAACCUGACCGAGAACCUGACCGAGAACCUGACAGAGAACCUGACAGAGAACCUGACAGAGAACCUGACAGAGAACCUGACAGAGAAGCUACAGCUUUUAUAA